GAGGACCAGCCGGACUCAACAGACUCUCUGGUCUUGGCCGGCCGUAGGUCCGUCCGUCCGUCUGUCUGUCUCUCCAUCCGCCCCUCCCAUUACCCGCUACCUCUUUGGAACCCCUAUAACUCGGGGAGGGUCACCCAGUGAGCCAGGAAGCGCAGCUGAGCCAAGAGCGGCGGUUUCCUGGGUUUCCUGGGCUCCUCCGACGCUUCCCGGGCCCUCGGCUGGGAGGCAGUCAAGUGUAGCUUGGGAUUCGGGGGCUAAUUAGGCUCCACCACUGCCGAGACGUGCUCCGGGCCUCAAUUUCUCAAGUUGGGAAAUGGAGACAGUUUCCUCAGUGCCCUGGGAUCUCUGCCCUAAUCUGCUCGCCGCGAGGUUCUUCUACCUUCCCUUUUGUUAGUUGUGGCUCCCAGGCUGCGAGCUUCCCCCUCUUCCCAAACGCCAACUAAGCUCGGCCAACUGCCCCCAGCCCAGCUGCCUCUACCGCCGCCACGCCAGCCUCUCGGCUCCAGUCUCCCAGUGUCCCAGGUAGCUCCUAGGACCCCAGAGACAAAAGUAGAGAUGGAAGAGACCUUUGUGGUGGAGAGCCCAGAUGUCACUUAUGAGCCUGACUUCAUCCAGGCCCACUACAUGUACCAGACAACCCGGGUCAGCCGGGAUGGAGGUGUUACUAAGGUGCACCCCAUUUCUACCCACUUCACAUUCCGUACCGAGCGGAAAGUGCCCCGAUUGGGGGUCAUGCUAGUGGGCUGGGGUGGAAAUAACGGCUCCACAGUGACGGCGGCUGUAUUGGCCAACCGGCUUCGUCUCUCCUGGAUGACCAAGACUGGUAAGAAGGAAGCCAACUAUUAUGGUUCCCUUCUGCAAGCUGCCACGGUAAGCCUGGGCAGUGAUGGUCAUGGCCAAGAUGUCCACGUCCCUUUUCAUGCCCUGCUGCCUAUGGUUUCCCCCAACGACAUCGUCUUUGAUGGCUGGGACAUCUCUUCCCUGAACCUGGCAGAGGCCAUGAAGCGGGCACAGGUGCUAGACUGGGCACUGCAGGAACAGCUGAGGCCACAUAUGGAACAAAUGCGGCCUCGGCCCUCAGUUUACAUACCCAAGUUCAUUGCUGCGAACCAAGAGAAACGAGCAAAUAACCUCAUUCCUGGCUCUCGGGCCCAGCAGCUGGAGCAGAUCCGCAAGGACAUCCGUGAGUUCCGAGCCAGCAGCGGGGUGGACAAAGUCAUCGUUUUGUGGACCGCCAACACGGAGUGCUUCUGUGAUGUGGUACCCGGGCUCAAUGACACAGCGGAAAACCUGCUUCAGGCCAUUGAGCGGGACCUGGAGGUGUCCCCCUCCACAAUGUUUGCCGUAGCCAGCAUCCUGGAAGGCUGCUCCUACAUCAACGGUGCUCCCCAGAACACCUUCGUGCCAGGGGCCAUAGAGCUCGCCGUGCAAAGACGGGUCUUCAUCGGAGGAGAUGACUUCAAGUCGGGCCAAACCAAGAUCAAGUCUGUGCUCGUCGACUUCCUCAUUAGUGCUGGCCUAAAGACCGUGUCCAUCGUGAGCUACAAUCACCUGGGCAACAACGAUGGCAAGAACUUGUCCGCCCCGCAGCAGUUCCGCUCCAAGGAGGUCUCCAAGAGCAGCGUGGUUGAUGAUAUGGUACAGAGCAACCCGCUGCUGUACAGCCCCGGCGAGGAGCCCGACCACUGUGUCGUGAUCAAGUACGUCCCUUAUGUGGGGGACAGCAAGCGAGCCCUGGAUGAAUACACGUCAGAGAUUAUGCUUGGGGGCACCAACACCAUCGUCCUGCAUAACACAUGUGAGGACUCGCUUCUGGCCAGCCCCAUCAUCCUGGACCUGGUGAUCCUCACUGAGCUGUGCCAGCGCAUCACGUUCUGCACUGACAGCGACCCCCACUUCCAGAACUUCCAUCCUGUCCUCUCCAUCCUCAGUUUCCUCUGCAAGGCUCCACUGGUGCCCCCGGGCACCCCCGUGGUCAAUGCCCUCUUCCGGCAGAGAAGCUGCAUUGAAAACAUUCUCAGGGCCUGCGUGGGUCUUGCUCCCCAGAACCACAUGUUGCUGGAACACAAAAUGGAGCGUGUAAGCAGUGGGUUUCGACGCGAGAAUGCCGAAGCCCCUGCCUGCCCCGUGCCCAGGAAGAAGGGGGUGACGGCUUCUCCUCCCAAUGGUUACGUGGGUGGCACCAAUGGGCAUACCCAUGCUAAUACCCAGCAUGCCGCUGCCACCUAGCACCCUUGGGCUCUUCACCAGUGGCCCCUGCCAGUCUCACCCCUUACCAUGGUGCCCACCAAAGCUAAUGUGAACCCAUCCUCUCCCAUCACAAUAAACCUGGCAUGAGAAUGGAA